AAAAUUUAUGUAAAGUUAAUUAAAAAAGGAAGAAGGGGAAGAAAGAAAGAAAUUGAUACAGCCCUUGCUAGCGGCUUAUUCCCUCUCCUUCCCCUGCAAGCUGCUCCGGUGGUCGUCCAUUCUCUUUGUCUUCUUCACAGAUCUUCUUCUCUCCUUUGGUUUCAAGGAAAAUUUUAAUUCGCAAUAUUGGGACGGCAGCUUGUUUUUCACCCGGCCAGGGAAUUCGGCGGCGGCGUCCAUCCUCGACGCUACCAGCAAGCUCCGUUGAGGGUGGCGCUUCACAGCAAGGCAAAGGAGGAUGAGCUAUCUUCUAAGAACCUUAACAAAGAAGGGAGAAGUGGAUUCCCUUAUUAGGGAUACGAUUGAUAAGGUCCUAAUUCUCCGAUUUGGGCGGUGUUCUGAUUCAGUGUGUCUCCUCCUUGAUGACAUUCUUGCUAAGUGCGCACGAGAAGUAUCCAAGUUUGCUUCAAUAGCAUUGGUUGAUAUUGAUUCAGAAGAAAUGCAGGUUUAUGUCAAGUACUUUGACAUAACUCUUAUACCGUCCACUGUUUUCUUCUUCAAUGCCCAUCAUAUGAAGAUGGAUUCUGGGACUGCAGAUCAUACAAAGUGGGUUGGCGCUUUUCACCAAAAGCAGAAUUUUAUUGAUGUUGUGGAGGCAAUAUUUAGGGGAGCAAUGAAAGGCAAGCUCAUUGUGAAUUGUCCGUUGCCUCCUGAGCAAAUUCCAAAAUACCAGCUAUUAUUCAAGGAUGUGUAGGAGAUGAACUGGUGUGUAAAGGCUUUACGGUAUUUUUUCCUUCCUCCUAGUUAAUCUAACUAGUUUUUCGAUGGUAUCAGUCAUCCUGUGAAGUCUAAUUUUGGUGUAUGUCAGUCAAGUUGCCAUAACUGAAGAAUGACUUAAAUGAAUUGAAAUUCCAUGAAGAAUGUUGCCAAAAUGCUCUCGUAUCUCCAUAUUUCCUCUGCAUUUGAAGCAUUUCAACAUUUCUGGUGGUACGUUUGGAAUUUGGGGAACAGAAGAAAAGUUUGUGUGAGCAUUUUCUUCAGCUACCUAUAGAAAAUUAGGUUAAGUUGAGAAAGUUCAGGUUAUGUAUUUGUUUCAAGUGGUGAGAUUAUAGUUCAUUCCCUCUCUUCAUUUGUGGAACUAAUUUCCCUUGUGUUAGAUUGCUAGUUUGUCAGUGGGAGAUUAAUCAUGUGUAAAACCAUCUCGUAUAUUUUUAUUUUGUGAAACACAUUAAUGAAAAUAGUGAAUGUUUUCUUCA